AUGGUCAAGGUCGCUGUUUUAGGUGCCGCCGGUGGUAUCGGUCAACCAUUGUCCCUCUUAAUGAAGGCAAACCCUCUCGUCACCGAACUAUCUUGUUACGAUGUUGUAAACGCUGUCGGUGUCGCUGCUGACUUGUCUCACAUCAACACCCCUGCCAAAGUCGCUGGCUAUGUCGGUGAUGCUCAACUCGCUGACGCAUUGAAGGGCUGUCACUUGGUAGUCAUCCCUGCCGGUGUGCCACGAAAGCCUGGAAUGACCAGAGACGACUUGUUCAACAUCAAUGCUGGGAUUGUAAAGACUCUUGCUACUGGUUGUGCCAUCAACUGCCCCAAGGCUUACAUCUGUGUCAUCUCAAACCCCGUCAACUCAACCGUCCCUAUCGUCGCUGAAGUCAUGAAGGAACACGGUGUCUACGACCCAAAACGUGUCUUUGGUGUUACCACUCUCGACAUUGUUCGAGCAAGCACCUUCGUCUCUGAAGUCAAGAAGACUGAUGCUCAAACUACCAAGGUCACCGUCAUUGGUGGUCACUCUGGAGUCACCAUCAUCCCAGUUCUCUCGGGUACUGGCAUGUCAUUCUCCCAAACUGAAUUAGAUGCCCUCGUAAAGAGAAUCCAAUACGGUGGUGAUGAAGUCGUCCAAGCCAAAAACGGUGCUGGAUCAGCCACCUUAUCCAUGGCUUACGCUGGUGCUCGAUUCGCAAACUCCAUCUUGGAAGCUACUGUUGCUGGUAAAACCGUCACUGAAUGUGCAUACAUUGACAGUGACUCGGCUUCUGCUGAUGGUUUGGCAUUCUUCUCUACUGAAGUUGAAUUUGGACCAUCCGGUGUAGUCAAAAUCCACCCAAUCCCAUCUCUAUCAGACUACGAAAAGAAGUUAUAUGCAGCUGCCGUGCCAGAACUCAAAUCCAACAUUGACAAGGGUGUCGAAUUCGUCAAGAAGUCCAAACCAACACUUUAA